GAGAAUACAUCAUGUUUGCUUCAGUGCUUCAAGUGGCCACAUGUGCUAUGUUGCUCACAGUUUUAGGGGUUUGGGGAGCACCAUAUGCCUCUGAAGAAGAAGCCAAUCAAUUUUUACAACUUAAGAGACGAGCACCAUAUUCUCAGAGCUACUGGGAUCCCAGUAGCAGCCAGAAUGGAUGGAGCUUUACCGUGGCUGAACAGACUAGGGAAGCCUGGACUACACUGAAGACAACAGCACAGUAUUACAUGGACUUGGGAUCAUUUGCAUUUUAUCCAGAUAAAGCAAGGGACCAGAUUCGGUCUUACAUGGAACAGUUAUAGCAGUCUGGGGCUCAUUCCCAGCAGCAGAUGAGCCAACACAACUAAACAGACAGGUGCCAACAGACCUGUACUGAACAGUGAGAUUGAAGUCCAUUGCUUACAUCAACUCGACUUGUACUAAAGUAUCAGAGCCUGAGACUAACUGUUCUCUUAACAGCUGCUCAGCAUUCAUGGGACUGCCAGAAACAUCUUCAGUGGCACUGGAUAAGGAGCUUUAUCUGGAACAGAAUAGGCCAGAAGAUCCAAAUCCCUCUGAAAUGAAUGGGGUCUGCUUCUCUUGCGAAGUUUCAAUUAUUACUUGCAAUCUGGGGCUUUGCACACAAAACAUUUUCUACUGUUCUAACCUAAGCAGCCACAAUUUGUGGGGAAAAAAAGUUACUUGGAAUACACAGGCUAUUACUGGGAUAUUCAAAUCAUGAUGCUGUGUAUUUGAGACUGGAUCAUUCCCUAGCAUGUAAUUUAGCUGCAAAAUGCAGCUGCUUAGUGAUCAGGUCUUUGGUGCCAUGGAAGAGAUUUCAACGUUAUUUCAAACAUUUUUUCCCAUAGCUCCCAAACCAUAGUUCGGUAAAAAGACAGGAACCUAUACCAUGCCUGGGGUUUUUUUUUCCAUACAGGGACUUAAAGAGUGGAGUGAGGUUUGGACCAGUGAAAUGGCACAGAGAGGAAAUUACCUCCAUUCAUAACACCAUGGUUGUGGACUUUAAGCUACAUUUCAAGAAUUGGAAAUUACAGCCCUGGAAAUAAAGGAAGGUGGAAAAAGAGAGGCACCAUGCUUUCUCGGUCUGCCCUACCCCCUCUCCCCUUUAAUAAUAGUAUGUGAGAUAGUGGUGGCAGUUGGCUUUGAUUGGCGAAAACCUGAGGGUGGAAGGGUUAAACCCCAUUGACCUCCAUAUGGUAAUCAGACUUGUUUGAGAAUGCUAUUUACUUUUAAAAUUGGUGGGGCAAGCCAAUUCCAGAUGUCCCAGUUUCUCCUGUUGUUAGGUCCUCGGGAAUUUUAAUUCAGGUUCUUUUAGUCACAAAGAAUUCAGGUUCUUUCAGUGCAAGACGAGAGACAUCUUUCAGCACCUCGCUGCAAAAUAGUAGGAGAGAAUGGAUAAAUAAAGAGAAUGGAUUGUU